CACACACACACACAGCCUCUCGUCACUGGCUGGCAUCCCUUUCGCUGAGUUCUUUCCCACCGCCGAUACGCACGGUUACUUGAUCGCGACCUGGGUGAUUCGGAUCUGUUAGCCCUGAGCGAAAGUGACCACGCGGGGUUGGAAAGCCUACGGAAAGAGUGAGGGACGAAGCAUGCAGUGGAUAAACAAGAGAGAGUAGAGUCUUGACUUGUAGAGAGGGAGAUUCUACUUCAUUUGGCUAUCAAUUUGAGUCCUUUGCGCAAAGAAGGAAAGGGUGUAUGCGUAUGUGUUUAGUUUGAAGGGCGAGUGCGUUGCGCAGAGGGAGAGUGUAAUUGGGUAGGGAGCUCAAGUCAGGGAGCCAGCAGGUCUGACAUUCAAAGCCUUAACGGCAGGUGGAGGGAAGAUCGACCUGGUGGAGUGAGCGUGUUUUUGUGGAAAGACCCACUCUGGAUACCGCACCAAGAGAGGGAGAAGCCGGGGCGAGUAGUCGAGGAGGGGCGGGCAGGCAGGAGGAACUCCCCAAGGGGAACAGCACAAGAAAGGCAACAAUGCCAAAUACGACGCGAUGAACUGACGCUCAAAGAGAGCUGAGAAAGGGAUAUUAUAGAGUAGAGGGGACACCGCAUUGUUUUACGUCCUAGAUCCUUUGACGUUGAGAUGGAGAGAAAACGAGCGCACGGACGAAAGCCGGUUGAUUGCUGCAGGGGAGGCGCGAGGACCAGCACCAGGACAGAGAUGAGGAAAGAACGGGGCCGGGGACAGCAGUGGACCGUGAUUUUUAUCGUCGCCCUUUCUCUGCAACCGCAGGCUGUGUGUGCAGUGGGGAUGUUUGAGCUCCAGAUCCGUCACUUCCAGAACCCCCAUGGUGUGCUGCAGAGUGGGGAGUGCUGUGACCUCCAGGCCACAGGGGGGCAGCGCUGCUCUCUGACGGACCAGUGUGACACCUUCUUCAGGGCCUGCCUCAAGGAGUACCAGGCCCGGGUCGUCCCCACAGGAGCCUGCACCUUCGGGGCGGGCAGCACCACCGUCCUGGGGGGCAACACCCAAUCCCUCCGUCAUCGAGGGCACGACGGAGGAGAAAGAGAGGAUGGCACUACAGGGCACGUCAUCAUUCCCUUCAAAUACGCCUGGCCGAAAUCGUUCUCCUUGGUGUUAGAGGCUCUGGACCAUGACAACGAAACAUCAGAAUCAGGUCAGGCUGGUCUGAUCGAGCGUGUCCUCCUGUCCUCCAUGUUGAAUCCCGGCGAGCAGUGGCAGACGUACCGCCACCACGGACGCCCGCUCAGCCUGGAGUACCGCCUGCGGUACCGCUGUGACCUCAACUACUACGGCCCCUUCUGCAACAAGUUCUGCCGGCCCCGGGACGACUUCUUCGGACACUUUGGCUGUGACCUCAGCGGCAUCAAGGUCUGCAAGGAGGGCUGGACCGGGCCGGAGUGUCAAGAAGCGGUGUGUAGACAGGGGUGUCACCAGAUCCACGGCUCCUGCUCUGUGCCUGGAGAAUGCAAGUGUCACUAUGGCUAUCAGGGAGCUCUGUGUGACCAGUGUGCGACGUUCCCAGGCUGCGUCUAUGGCAGCUGCGCUGAACCCUGGCAGUGUGUGUGUGACGUCAACUGGGGAGGCCUGCUGUGUAACAAAGAUCUGAACUACUGCGGUACCCACCGGCCCUGUAAGAAUGGGGGCACCUGUUCCAACACAGAGCCUAACGAGUACCAGUGUGAGUGCCAAGAGGGCUUCCGCGGGCGCAACUGUGAUAUCGUGGAGCAUGCGUGCCUCUCCUCCCCCUGUGCGAACGGGGCCACCUGCGCGGAGGACCCGUCGGGUUUCAGCUGUGUCUGUGCCGACAGCUGGACCGGACACACCUGCGCAGACGUGGUGCGGCAGUGUGACUCAAAACCGUGUGGGCGCGGAGCAACGUGCCAGGAGUCUCCAGAGAGGUUCCGGUGCCUCUGCCCCCCCGGCUGGACUGGCAGAACCUGCCGACUAGACACCAACGAGUGUGACAUGGGUGUGUGUGUCCAUGCCCGCUCCUGCCGUAAUCUGAUUGGUGGAUACCUGUGUGAUUGCCUGCCAGGCUGGGCCGGGCCAAACUGUGACAUCAGGAACAGCAGUUGCCAGGGGUUGUGUCUAAACGGAGGUCACUGUGAGGACUCUGUGUCAGGCUCACGCUGCCUGUGUGUGCCUGGUUUCUCUGGGAAGCACUGCCAGACUGGCCCCAGUCCCUGUGACAGCACCCCCUGUCAGCAUGGAGGCCAGUGUGUGGACAAGGAGGGCAGGGCGGAGCUGUGUAGCUGUCCCAUCGGCUACUCAGGGACGUACUGCGAGGUGGUGGUUGAUCUGUGCAAUCCCAACCCAUGCCAGCAGGGGGUGUCCUGUCGGAGCACCGAGGGGGGGUACAUGUGUGCCUGCCCCGAGGGUUACUAUGGUAACGAGUGCACAAGCCUUAAGGACCCCUGUCAUGGCCAACACUGUCCAGGUGCCAUGUCAGACCCGGCUCGUGGAGGGGUCAAUCUCUACAUGGUGUUGGUGGGUGUGUCAGCGUUACUAAUGGCGUGCGGCUGCGCAGCUUGCGCUCUCUUCCUCUCCCGCCUCCACCGACGACGGAAAAAAACGCAGGGCGGGCCCCAGGAGGAGGGCAUCAACAACCAGAGGGAGUUUGUCACCCUCGUCCGAAACCUGGACCGCCCCGCGCCCCUCCUGCCCCCUCUUACCCCCAACACCACCGCCCACACCCCUGUCCCUGUACUGCGCUGCUGCGAGGAGAUCGAGCUCACUCUGCCCCCUCCCCAGCCCCCUCACACCCCUCCCCUGCACUCAAACCCUCAACCCCCGCCGCCAAACAGGACAUCUCCAACCUGGAGAGGGAGAAGCUCAACCGCUUCCACUACUCAGACAAUCAGGAACUGGAGGUGUGACCUUUGAACUGUCAGAGGCUUUUAUUAUUUUGCACCCACUUCUCUCUGCCUGGCCCUGGACCCCAGCGCUGUGCCAUGCUGCAUAGGUUCCUGUGGUGAUGACCUCACCCGACCCAUCCCUCUCUGAGUUGACUCCUCAUCUUUUGUGAGCUGAGAUUGUCAUCUGCUAAAUAGCAUAUAUUAUUGGUGUAGAAUGCUGGGCCUACGGGGUAGCUAAGCAGAUCAUCAAGAAACAGCAUGGCGGUGAACUUUAACCUCCGACUUAUGACAUCAUGCACUUCUGACCUGCUGACCCUGGAGCUAAUCUUAUGAAGGUUGGCCUUGAGUUAGAGUCUGGCUUGUGUCUGAGUGUCUCUGUGUUUUAUGGGAACAACUGUGAGGAGCCAUUUGAGCCAUUCCCCAGGUGUUAAUAUCCCUCUGUAGGCACCCCACUGCCCUGGUUGCCCUGGAAGGCCUAGAUGGCCUGUCACCGACAUAUGUAACUGGACCUCUACAGAGACUGUGGCCCUGCACUGUGGCCUCCUGGGCUGGAAGGCAACUGACAGGGGAUGCGAGGGAAGGGCAAAGUGGUUUUUAAUUCCAAUUAGUCCAUUUCCACAUGAAUUAUUGAAGGAUAAACUGUGGUGUAAUUAUUGUGUGUGUGUGUGUGUGUCUUUGUGUCUGCGUGUGUCAGUGCGAGGUGUGUGUACGCGUGCCAGUGCGAGGUGUGUGUACGCGUGACAGUGCGAGGUGUGUGUGUGAUAAGCAUUACAGACCAUCAUGCCUGUUGCCAGGAGGGAGAGAGAAAAUGACUGAAGGAGCAACAAAAGAGCAAAAAAAGAAUCAAUGAAUGCAAGCUUUAGAUUUAAAAAAAAUAAUAAUUUUAAAAAAAGAGGGAAAGGUCAGACAAGAGAGUAGAGCCUGACCCCAAUCCAUUUGAACCAUGAGAGAACGGAGUUAAAACACAACACUGUUGCCUGUGCGGUCUCUGUAACACACUGCGGUUGUCAAAGAUGUCAAAUGUUUUUUAUACCUGUGUGUAAAAUAGCUCUGUUGUAUAUAUGUUGUACAUAUUGAUAUUGUUUUUUUUUUUGUACUGUGGUUUGUCUCGGAAUGUCGCUGUUUUACUUUGCGCUAUUUGUCCUCUCUCUCCUUCCAUUCGUCUGGGGCUGCCAGCAGGUGUGGAUCGUAAUUAAAGUGCAUUUACCUUCCAAA